UAUUCACAAGGGGGAGCGGCGGGGGGUCGUUUUCAGUAGGACUAAGAAAUAAUGAUUAUGGAAGAUAUAAGUUUUGGAAACCGUUUUGCACUGUGAAAACUGAUUAUAUGUUUCACAGUACAAAAGCCUAACUACCAGUCUUGGUUUCUUAGGGUUAUUGUUCUCCGAGGAACAAGGGAUUUUGGUAUGAAAACUUGCAGACUUUUUUCACGGAGCAGAAGACUAGUUUUCUGCAGCCUAUAACUAACACCAGUAAACUGUAGGUAACUGUUCUGUGCGGCAAGGCAAGCCUCUUUCACCCAUUGCAAAGUAACGGUAGCCAGUAAGCGUCUCUGCCCGCAGCACUUCUCCGAAACACCAGGGGGCAGUGUGACCCACUAUCAGUAGUCGUAGGUAAUAUGGUGAUCUCAGCGGAAGGAGGCGUGGGACGUCGGGAUGAACAUGGCGAUGGUGCACCGGAGCUCUCCGAAAUGGCUCUUCAACCGGGAACAAAUAGAAAACACGCCGUCUCGUCGCUGUGGAAUCGAGCCAGAUCGGGAAUUGUCUUAUCGACAGCAAGCUGCAAAUCUGAUCCAGGAUAUGGGCCAGCGACUUAAUGUUUCUCAGCUUACAAUCAACACUGCGAUCGUCUAUAUGCACAGAUUUUACAUGCUGAAUUCCUUCACAAAGUUCCAUCGAAACAUCAUCUCUCCCACCACUCUGUUUUUGGCUGCUAAAGUAGAGGAGCAACCCAGGAAACUUGAACACGUCAUUAAAGUGGCACACGCCUGUCUUAACCCGCAAGAGCCUCCACUGGAUGCCAGUAGCAAUGCAUACCUCCAACAGGCCCAAGAGCUGGUGCUACUAGAAACUAUAGUACUGCAGACACUUGGGUUUGAAAUUACUAUAGAGCAUCCACACACAGAUGUUGUGAGAUGUUCCCAGCUAGUGCGAGCAAGCAAGGAUUUGGCCCAGACGUCCUAUUUCAUGGCUACCAACAGUCUGCACCUGACCACCUUCUGUCUGCAGUACAAGCCCACAGUGGUGGCUUGCGUCUGCAUCCACCUGGCCUGCAAGUGGUCCAACUGGGAGAUCCCCGUCUCGUCUGAUGGCAAACACUGGUGGGAGUACCUGGACCCCACCGUCACGCUACACCUGCUUGACCAAUUAACACACGAGUUUCUACAGAUUUUGGAGAAAACACCCAGCAGGUUGAAAAGAAUCCGAAACUGGCGGGCUACGCAAGCGGCGAAAAGGUCAAAAACAGAGAACCAGUCAAUAGACGCGUCGUUCCAGGCUCCUCACCUGGGCCAGGAGAGUUUUCUGAUGGACAGCAAACCUGAUCUCAUGGGGGGCAUGUACUCUGAGCCCUCCACGUCAUUCCCGUUGGAUAGCAGCACGCUCUCCCUCAACGGCCUCUCGAACUUGAGCUCCACCUAUGGCUUUGUGGCCCAGAACAACCAGCCAGAGUCCUACCUCUGCCUGCAGGGAGCGCCAGUGAGCAAGCACGGCCACUGCCCGGCCCCUGCAGCCACCACCAAACUGUCCUUGGAGAAGUACCGGGAGAAGCAGGCGGCCGAACUGCUGCAGAGACGCCGGCACGCGGAGGAGAACGAACUGCAUCGUAAGCAUCCGCUGCCCGAGGCCGCUGCGGCCGCCUCCUCGUCCCGGGCCAAAUAUGCGCAGCCGGGGCAGGAGCGGGUGGCGAAGAGUGGCUCGCUAAAGCGCAGGCACCCCUCGUCCUCCUCUUCCUCGGUUGAGAGCGGCAGCGCGAGCCAGGAGGAGCUGAAGAUGAAGAUCAAGGUGUCAGAGAGCGGAGGAGUGGCCAGCAGCGGUAAGAGCAGACACAGCCCUCGCUCGGGCCGAGACAAACACAGAGAGCACUCGUCCCACCGAGCGCCCCGGCAUGACACCUCGCACGCCCACGUGCAUGCCCACGUACACGCCCACACGCACGCACACGGCCACGGCAGCCACCACAAAAGCCACCGCUCCUCUAAAACUCACUCUGCCCCUGCCCCUGCCCCUAUGCCUGUGAGUCAGCCCCUGGGCCACGCCCAGGCGGGAAAGAUUGACAGAAGGCAGGGGGAGGGGCAGAGCUCAGAGGGCGGAGCCUCUCUGUGCCUGAACGGGCAGCAUAUGGACUACACGGACACUAUCAACAUGCUCGACUCCCUUCUCAAUGCCCAUAUGAACUAUUGAACUACAGAUACACAAAUUGUUUUAUGUGAAUUUGCAAAAAAAAGAUUUUUUUAAAAGAACCUUUGUUAGGAUCAACCAAUCCAUUACAUUUCAUAUAUACACCUCCUAAUUUAUCCAUGCUAUUUCGCUCUACUCUGAAAAAAGACAAAAAAAAAGUUGAGUGUAGAUGUAUGUAAACAGUAUAUUCCCUGUUUAAAGCUUCCUCAGAGAUGACCAGCCUGUGAAACUUGUGUACUGUAAUUCCAUUUUCCUUUUGACUGCAGUGCUGGAAGAGCUUUGAGAGAAUCGUUAAAAAAAAUGACAAAUCGUUAAUGAAAACGAUCAGUCAUUAACAAAAUGUUUCUGUAAGUGUUUGUACUGUAUACCUGAUUCUUUUAAAAUCAAAGGGAUGUAAAGAAUUUUGUCUGUUUACAUAUGGGAGGUGCAUAUAACUGUCCACACUUCUGUUCUUUUAGUAUCCUUGCCCCCCUUUUUAAAAGUUAUAUUAUGUCAGAAUAUAUGUCACAUAAUGCUCAGGUCUGGAACUGCUUCAAUGUGUAACGAUACAUCUAUAAACAUAUCUGCGUGGAAAUGUAGAACAUUUGGCAGUUAUGGCUAUAUGGAACCCUGACUAUUGCAUCCUACUUGGCAUCUUUGAUCCUCAAAUGCGAAGCGCCCCAGCCGUUACGCGGCCUGCGCGCUCCAUCGCCACCGUCUCCGCGGCCUUUGACCUCUGUGUGCGCGCACGCGUGUGCUGGCAAGAAGGCAGCUGCCUGCCUGGCUCAGUGGCGCUGCCCUAGCUAUAGCAUGGUUCCCUUGGGCUUUGGGUUUUAAAUGGCUUACCCUGCCCUCCUACCUCAUAGCCCUGUAAACUGACAUGUGCAAGCCAGAGAGCCUUGGGUGAGGUUUUUAGUUUCAGAGAGGACCAUGGGUAUUGUCUUUUUGCAGAAAGGUUUUGUUUUUUGUUUUUAAAUAAAGGUUUGUCCAUACAUUUUGUGAUAACGUUAA